AUGAAGCCGGAAGAGUCCACGAAUCCCUCUCACCCCAACAAAACUCCAGAGGAGGAAAGUGGUCGUAUCUGCGUUGCUGAACUCACCAGCCACAAAAACACAUUGACAGCCACAAUGGUACCUGGUGUAUCCAGUGCCACCCUGCUGCACUCCAAAUCUCUACGUGGGCAUAGAGACUGCUUUGAAAAGUACCAUCUCAUCGCCAACCAGAAGCUCUCCCGCGCCAAGGCCUCCCACAGCACAUAUGAGGGCGUGAAGCGGGCUCUGAGCCAGCGAAUCAACCGCAUUGUUCAGUACGCCCAGAACAGAGACUCCGUAACUGCUGAGACACCUGGGCGCUGGGGGGCCCAAACAGAUCUGUGUCACACUCAGCAGGGCGGCAGGAAGCUCGUGCCCCAGUCCGAUGCCCAAGUUCCCCGUUACGCCCCACGAUGGGCAGAGGAGGUGUCGAUGGCGGAGUCAGAGUAUGGGAAAACCAUGCUGGACUGCCAUUCUGCAGAGAAGCUUGGUCUCGGCCUGCUGCAGGGCUCACGCCAGGGACUGUGGGCUGGAGAGAGACACCACCCACAAGAACAGCAGAACCGAGAGCAAAGGAGACACACGGGACACAGGCGAGAAGAGCUGGUGAGGAUGAGUGUGGAGGAGCUUCACCAGCUGAACGAGCAGCUACUGCUACAGAUACAAAAUGUGUUUGAGGAGCUGUCUGUAGCUGCGCAGGAGAAGGACUCUCUUUCUUCAGAGCUGCAUGUACGGCACAUAGCCAUCGAGCAGCUCUUUAAAAACUGCGCCAAGCUGCCGUGGCUCCAGAUCGGGCGGGCGGGGGUCAAAGCUGGCAACAACCCAGUGGAAUGAGUGCUUCUCGGUACAACAGAGUCCCUCAAAGACCAAACAGGAAAGCGCAGCUCCAAGCAGACUCUCACGGAAGCUCAGAGCUCAAACGGACCGGAAACGCACAACACUGUGCUAAUGAGUUUAAGGUCACCUCGCUCUAAAAGGUGGCAUCUGAAUUGACUUUUUGCAGACCUGUCCAAAGUGUUUCUAUGCAGAAUGAGGUGUUUUUAAAACUUUACAAUUUUAUUUUCUUUUUUUAUUGCAUUCAUUAUAUGUUCAUCUUCAUAUCACUGUUUACUCUUUACACUUGAUCAUUUAGGGUGCUUAAUAGACUUGGAUGGGUCUGACAGUGUUCCUCCUGCAUGUUACGUUCAGUGUUUGUUUUUGGUUUUGGUGUGGUGUCUGUUGCUUAGUUAACAGUUUUCCCUCCCUCUGCUCAUUGCAUUAAUGACUGUAGUUGUCCCAUUACUCUAAGGCACAUUUCUCCUGUUGUUCUGAAGUUCAGCACAAAUGCUUUAGUGGAAGUUUACAUGUCUUUUGUUAUUUCACUCUUAAAACUGUGUUCUGACAUUUCAUAGGUGCUUUCCCCACCCCCAUCACGACAUUUCACGGGUUAUGAUUAAGAAAAUAGCAGUUUGGACAUUGAAGUUUCAGCUGGUAUAGUUUGGUCUUUCACAAGUGUUAAGCACAGGCCUAAUUUUGAUUUAGGCUUAACUCGGUGCUGGGAUUAAUAUUGGAGUGAUAGAAAUGCUCAACCAAAGCCUUUGUUACCACAUGGUAACAACUAUUUCAGUAUUUAUUUUAUGGCAAUUAUUAGCUUGUUACAAAUAUUUUAAACCUUUGGUUUUAAUUUCUGUAGUUUUUAGAGGUUGUUUUCUUGUGCUAUUAUAGUGUUUAGGGUCCAUGCAUAAACUGAAAGAAUAGUCAGGGGAAAGUGAGCCUUUACUCUGCUGCCUUGAUUUCAGAUCAGACUGUGUUGCCACCUGCUGGUCACUCAGAGAAUCCUGUCCACUUGCUGCCCUGAUGUGUGCAUGGUGAAGUCUAUUAUCUUUAGAAUCUUAAAAUAAAAAAUAAAUGCAUACUUCAACGUUGUUUUAAGAAAUUAGCUAGGUAUUUUGAAUUCUCUUUAUAAGAGCUACAUAUUCGACUGACCCCUCUGGGGUUUCUAAGGAUAUUUUAUUUUGUAUGAAUGUAUUCUGUCAUUUUGGUUAUGCUCUGAGAGGUCACGUCCGCAAACUGUCUCUGUGAGUAGUGAUGGAUAAAUUGUCGAAAAGAAGCAAUAUGUGUCUGAAGUGUUUGCUUUUUGUAAAAAUGUUUUCAUGUUUUCAUCUUUUUUAAGGUUCACUCUGUGAUUUGGCAUACAGGAGGUUGGAGUUGGUUAAAUAAUGAAGCACACUGCCCAAAUGUUUGUUUGCUGUGGAAAUACUGAAUGAACUACAUGAGUUGGACGAGUUUCAUGUUUGUCUCGAGUGUGUUGCAUAUGUAGGCCAUGUGUUUAAAUGUUAACUUGAAUAUGUUAGUGUUAUUGGAUGUUUUAUUCUUUUUCUCUCAUGUUUAUGCAAUGCUUGUCUUAUUAUCCCCCCUUAUCAUAGAUUGAGUUAGUUUUUUGUUCUCUCCAGUGGCCUGUGUUAUGUGACUUUCAAGUGGUUUAUGCAAUACUGUUUGUUAGUGGAUCUUCACAUCGGUUUAGAAGAUUUGAAUUGAUGUGCACAUUUUCAUUUUAGGGAAUAAAUAAAAAUAUUUUUCCUAAAAA